UCUCCCCACGUCGUCUUCUUCGUUGCCAUUUCCCCACAAACAUCUCAAGGGAAGGUAGCAAGUCUAUAAAUUCAGUAAUCACAGAAGGAAGCUCUCGCUUUCCAUUUUCUUUCUUCUUCUUCUUCUUCUUCUUCUCAUGCUCUAUUUCUGUUUCACUCAGAAUCAGAGCAUGGAACGUCUUACCUAUCCUUGUAUCCUCUUAUUUCUCUGCAUCUUCGCAUUUGUUGCAGAUGCGGGUUCCAUCGGAGUAAACUACGGGAGAAUAGCGAACAACCUUCCUCCUGCGGCAAAGGUGGUUCAGCUUCUCAAGUCUCAGGGUCUGGACAAGGUCAAGCUCUACGAUACUGAUGCCACAGUACUCAAGGCCCUGGCUGGUUCAGGAAUCAAGGUUGUCGUCGAUUUACCGAACGAGCAGCUGAACUUGACAGCGAAGAGUCCAUCCUUCGCCAACACAUGGGUUCAGAAGAACAUUGUUGCUUACCACCCAGACACCCAAAUCUACGCCAUUGCCGUCGGCAACGAAGUGUUUGUUGAUCCCAACAACACAACCGAUUACCUCGUUCCGGCCAUGCGCAACAUUCAGGCCGCGCUUGUCAAAAACAAACUUGAUUCUUCCAUUAAGGUGUCAUCACCCAUAGCCCUCAGUGCUCUCCAGAAUUCAUACCCGGCUUCCGCGGGAUCAUUCAAACAGGAGCUUAUCGAACCAGUCAUCAAACCCAUGCUGGAAUUUCUGCAGGAGACUGGGUCGUAUCUCAUGGUGAAUGCUUACCCUUUCUUCGCCUACUCGGCCAACACCGACGUUAUCUCCCUCGAUUACGCUCUGUUCAGGAACAACUCCGGCGUGGUUGACUCCGGCAAUGGGUUACGUUACUACAGUUUAUUUGACGCACAAAUCGAUGCGGUGUUCGCGGCGAUGUCGGCUUUGAAGUACGACAAGGUCAGCUUGAUGGUGACGGAGACCGGAUGGCCGUCCAAGGGAGAUGAGAACGAGGCGGGGGCGGGCGAGGAAAACGCCGCUGCCUACAACGGCAACCUUGUGCGGAAGAUACUCAUAGGAGGAGGAACUCCGUUGAGACCCAAGGCUGAUUUUGAGGUGUACCUGUUCGCGUUAUUCAACGAGAACCAGAAGAAUGGUCCGACUUCCGAAAGGAACUACGGGCUUUUCUACCCAAACGAGGAGAAGGUGUACAGCAUACCCUUGACGAUGCAGGAGGUGAAACAGCAGGGCCCGGUGAGCGGAGCAGGGAAGAGCCAAGUGACCACCCCUGUGAAGGGCAGCGGCGGAAGCGGAGGCACCGUUUCGACGAGCUCUUCGGGGCAGACGUGGUGUGUGGCGAACGAGAAAGCAGGGAAGGCGAGUUUGCAGGCGGCGCUGGAUUAUGCGUGUGGUGAGGGAGCUGCAGACUGUAGCCAGAUCCAACCAAAUUCGCUUUGUUAUGAUCCGAAUACGUUGGUGGCACACGCAUCGUUCGCAUUCAACAGCUACUAUCAGAAGAACGGCAGAAGAAUGGGAACUUGUGAUUUCCAAGGAGCUGCCUAUGUCGUUACCCAACCUCCCAAGUUUGGCAAAUGCGAGUUCCCUACAGGUUACUAGGGAACAAUGGACUCCAUGAGAGAUACAAUGGAGAAGAGCUUUUUGCAGGUUUCUUUGUAUUCCUUAUUUAUUAUUAUUAGUGUAGAGAGGAGGUGUAUUCCUUUCCUAGUUCCUUCGUUUGUAAUUAAAAAAUGAUAUUUAUUCAUCAUCAGAUUAUUAAUUUCAUGGGUUUAUUUCAUGAGCA